CCCAAAGAAGCAAGAUUUUGGUUACGUCAAUUUCAGCAUCAGGCAAAGGAUCCAGAAUGUCCGUUUGCAGUACUACAGGCUAGCUCAUCAAUUUUACGAAAUGAACAGGCAAUGCAAAAUAUUUGCUCGUCCCUUUCCUUUCUGAAUCGAAAUGGAAUGGAUACAUUGCUGAUUUAUGGCCCAGAAGUGGCAGAAAGUGCUAAUAAAGACAUAUUGUCUCAAGUUCAACAAUUGCAACUGGAAACAACGCAGCUUGUAGAUUUUUUAGAAAAAACAUACAACAUUCCAACUAGAACAUUUUGUGGAAGCAGCGGUAUUAUAGCAAGUGAAACAUCACAACCAAGAAAAAAAGCCUUUUUGAAAUAUGUCAAUCCUGAUCCAAUUAGAUGGGCUUUUAGAUCUGGUUGUGUUCCUUUGGUGACCUCCAUUUCCAUAGAUAAAUCUACUGGAGUGCUAAUUCCAAUGUCUCCUCUUCAGACGGCUUUAAAGUUAUCUAAAGUUUUGAAACCAAUGAAAGUAAUUUUUCUUAACAAUCAUGGUGGUUUGGUUGAUCAGUAUGGAAAGGUUGUAUCUCACAUUAAGAUCCCUGGAGAUCUACGAGACAUAUCAAAACAGUCAUGGUGCACUCCUGAACUGAAGACCCAGAUUGAUGAAAUCAGCUCCGUACUUCAGCAUCUUUCAAGCAAUUCCACUGCAGUUAUAACAAGCCCUGAAAAUAUUAUCAAGGAGCUUUUUAGCCAUCAAGGCUGUGGUACAAUGAUCCAGAAAACUGAGGCGAUUGAUCAGUUCAAUUCAUUGAGCGAAGUCGAUGUUGACAGAUUAGCCAAGUUAUUGAGCCAAUCUUUCCGCAAGCCAUUGAAACCAAAUUAUAUGACGGUCGUCCAAGAGCAUUUACAACGUCUGUAUAUAUCGGAAAAUUAUACCGCAGCAGCUGUGGUAAUUCAUGAUCACAAGAAGCAUGAAAUACCGUAUCUCGAUAAGUUUGUUAUAUCGUCAUCGUGUCAGGGGCUAGGGACAAGCGAUGACCUGUGGAAUCAUCUGACGCGCGAUUUUCCUCGUCUGUUUUGGCGUUCUCGUACCACAAACCGAAUAAAUCCAUGGUAUUUCAUCCGAGCUGACGGUAGUUGGACUAUUGGUGACUGGAUCAUAUUUUGGUAUGGUAUCGUUGAACCAAAGAUCACGCACAACCUUGUUCAUUUUGCUGGAAAUUUACCAGAAUCGUUCGAUCCAGUGGCCAAACAUGAUGUCCCAGCAAAGUCUCAGAAUCGUUCAACGACAAGUUAUAUUCACUAUGUUUAAAUAUGCUAUGGUAGACCUGUUCCACAUGACGUGUGAGGAAAGAAACGAUUGACUUUACUCGUCAAAUUGUUCAUAGCUUUGUAUAUAGUGGAAAGGAAACGUGCAGCAGAUGAUGUAGAGUUCGUUAUCCUUUUUCGCAAAUAAGCUGCAUGAGUAAGAUUUUGAGCUAGGCGAAACUUUUUAGCUUGGCAAACGUGUUUUUGUGAGUGUUUUUAUGCAAACGUGUGAUUUCAAAUUUUCUUGUUAGAACAUAGACAUUAUUGUUAUUUAUGCAUUUCGUUGUAAAAUAUAUUUAUUAUCAUGAUUAAACAUGGAUGCCAAUUUUAGCUAUAGCUAAGAAAAUUAUAUUGAAUAAUAUUACAUCUUUUAUACUUAUAGAUCUA